CCACAACACAAUGUUUGAUUACGUAGAACACAAACGGGAUAUCCUCCUCGCCCACUUACGGUUGAGUUCCGAAGACACCCUCCCGAGAGCUUAUAAGAUCGCCAUAUUUGAGGGCUCAACCAACAUCAUCAAAUGAAAUGGAUGAAUCAUUACACUAUACAUCAGCCAAUCAUGCAGACUCUUUGAUUAGUUCUAUAAAUAGAUUGCGAUGCGAUCGGCAACUUUGCGACGUCAUUCUUAUCAUCAAUGACUACAGAAUUCCCGUACAUCGAUUAGUCCUUUCAGCAUGCUCGCCUUACUUUCAAAAUAUUCUGGACACGAGUUGGGAUUUCGGGGUAAAAGAAUUGGUGUUAAGGAACGUGAGUGGGGAGGCAGUUCAAAUGAUAAUUGAAUUUUGUUACACAUCAACUAUAUCAGUGACUGAAGAUACUGUCUGGAUGAUCUUGCCAGUAGCCUUUACUUUCCAGUUAGAUGAGUUGGUGAAUCUGUGCUGUGAUUUUAUCUCUUCUCUGAUUAAGAACGAGACGUGUUUACAGUCACACACGUUAGCCGUUCAAUGUGAUUGUUCCGAUUUAAGACAACUCAGCGCCAAUUUUAUCCAGGAUAAUUUUGAAUCUAUAUUAGAAGACGAUUAUUUCCACGAGUUGCCUGUAAAUAUUUUUUUAAAUCAUUUAAAACUUCUACAUGAAGACGUAUUAAUAGAUGAUCAGAUUUUACAGUGUUUAAGGUCGUGGGUUAAAUAUAGUCCAGAUGAGAGACGGAACUUCACAGCUAUGAUUGCUCAUAUAUUUCCUGAAUUAACAGACAGAUUAACAGAUUUCCUCCCAAAACAACUUUUAAAUGGACCAAUAGAUGAUAUUGAAUUGGUGAACAGUCCAUUCCCCUCAUAUUCACCUUCCAUUCAUUCAGAGGUCAGUUACCCUGACAACCUGAUGACUAGCAGUCCAGCACCAAACAGGAAGUCUGGCAACAACACAAUUAGUAUUAACGACUUACCAAAACUCUCCACCAGCCCGUUUGGAAAUUCGGGCGAAAAAACAACCCUGGCGGACAUUUUGAAUGACUCUCUGUCUGUGAUCAUUUGUACAAUUUGCGGGGAAUUAUUCGACACCCAAGAGGAUCUGCAGACUCAUCAACAGGAAUGCGACGAUCCGGUUCUUCAGAAGAAGUUAAUUACGAUGAUUAAGGAGGGUCGAGAUUAUGAAUUAUAUCCCGAUGCUAGCGAACCACCAGACGCUAGCAAACCGUAUUUAUGCCCAAUCUGUGGAAAAUCUUUUGGUGAUAAAAAGAAUUUAGGGAAGCAUGUAAAGAUUCAUUCCCGUGAUGGCUAUGCCUGCACGAUUUGCACCAAAAAGUACAGCACCAAAUCUAAUCUCCAAGGUCACAUGAGAGUCCAUUCUGCCGAACGACCUUAUGCUUGUGAUUUUUGCGGCAAGUCUUUCGAUAGUUAUUGUAUUCUUAAAGUGCACAUCAGGUCACAUACAGGAGAUCGGCCAUUUUCUUGCCCAACUUGUGGUGUGUCAUUUGCAAAAAAUAUUCACCUGCGAAGACAUAUGCAAAUACACACCGGAAUCAAGCCCCACAUCUGCAAUAUAUGUCAAAAACAUUUUAGUCGCAGCGACCAUCUCAAGCGUCACAAACAAUCAAUUCACUCAGGUGAAAAACCUCACGAAUGUCAAGUUUGUAAGAAAGAAUUUGUGCGUAAAUAUGAACUCAAUAAGCACAUGAGGCAACACGUAACUAACGGAGAAGCCCCUGACAGUAUGUUGGAGAAUAGCAACGGCGCCAGCACGAGUUUUGACAGUUCCAGUCACAAGAUGGAUUUAGAUGAUAAUCAGGAUUAUUCGGAUGAGAAACCAGAUCCUGAAGUCUUGUCGGCCAUCUUUAAAGACAAGUCAUAUUCAUAAUAUUAUCAAUGUUUUCAGGCCAUUAUGAAGGAGAUCAGGCCAUUAUGAAGGAGGUCAGGAUAGUUGGGGAGGAGAUCACUAAAGUUGAGGAGGUCAUUUUAAUACAGAAUAUCCAUCUAUCAAGAAUUGGGUUUUAUAAUAAUAAUGGGUGAAUUUAAUGGCGUUUAACGUUCUACUUUUCUGCAUCCUCCGUAUCCCCAGUGGUCUCAUUCCAUUUUACUCCACUAACCUCUGGGUUAAUCCAUAGGGGGGGUGACACGUAUUCAAGUUAUCUGCCCUUGAUGAUUGUGCUACUUUAUCGACCAAUCCCAUAAAUCGUUAAUUGCAAAGAAUGUUGGCAAAGGGAAGUAACUCUCAUCAUGUUGCAACUACCCGCCAUAUUGUUGUGAAUGUAAACAAAAAGGCUAAAGAGUCUUUAUAAGACUGGUUUUGUAAACUGUUUUUUUAUUGGUUCACAGACUCAAGCCACGAUCAAGGCCAGAGCAGAUAAUUUGAAAUCCCUUUGAAUUAACUACGGGUAUAGUGGAGUAGAACGGAACGAGACCACUGGGGAAACCAAGUAUGACUCUUCUGCCACUACCCGACUGAUGAGUUCUGGGUUAUAGUAAUAAUAAUGUGAAUAUUUGUAUAGAGUUAUUCCACACUGUCAUAUGAAAAGUGGUGUGUACAGUUUGAACAACUCAAAGCGCAUAGCAUCAAAACAGACAAGUCUUUAAUGACAGUUGAUAGGAAAGGAUGCUGUUUCAAGUAGGAACGUCUUUCCAAUGUGAAGCUGUCGGAUAUGAAAACGAUCUUGCUCCAACGGUGUUUAGAUUAAAACUUUGGUUAGUGGUAUGUUUACCUAUCUUUAACCCCAAACCCUUCUUAACUCUGGGGAUUUCUGAACCCUCCAACCAGCCUGGAAGUAGAAUCUCCUAACAAUAAUUGAUUUUGAUAGUUAGGUAUUUAGGAAAAAACAGUUCUUUUAUAAGUAUAGAUAGUGAGCUUUCAAUAGCAAAUAGAUCUUAAUUAAAUAUAAAUAGUGAUCAUUGAAUAACAAACAGUUCUUAAUUAAGUAUAGAUGGUGAAUGUUGAAUAACAAACAGUUCUUAAUUAAGUAUAGAUACUGAACUUUGAAUAAGAAACAGUUCUUAAUUAAAUAUAGAUGGUGAACGUUGAAUAAAAAACAGUUCUUAAUUAAGUAUAGAUACUGAACUUUGAAUAAGAAACAGUUCUUGAUUAAAUAUAGAUGGUGAACUUUGAAUAGCUUUAGUCGUUAAAAGGCACACUUCUUUUUUGUAAAAAGUCAAAUCUGAUUAUAUGCCGAUCAGUUUCACAAAUUUAGCUUGUUCUCUAUCCAUCUCUUGCAAAAUGUGGACAUAUCUUGCCUGGCAAUCGCUGGUUCCGUUUUAAGGGAAUUCUUUAAUGUGUAAAAUUAAACUUGAAAUAGGUCUUUAUUAACUGACAGUUAUGUAAUGUAUUAACAUUUAUAAAAUAACAUAAUAAUAAUUCUUGAGAGACAUUUAGCGAUUGACCCAUAAAAUAAUACUAGAAUACCAGUACUUGAAAAACAACUUGUGAAAGAAAAGUGUUAUAAACAUUGUGAUUGUAUUCAUACCAUGUAGUCUAGAAUUACCAUCAGAUUAAAAUACAGAUCUAUAUUUCGUUUUUCGUUGGCCUUUACUACAAGAUCUGACUGGUUGAUACAAGGGUCUUCUGACCCUGACAUCAGACAUUUGAUUAACCAAUCAGUGUUGAUGUUUCUAGUGGGAUACCCACAGUUCCGUACACUGCACGCCAAGAACUCGCCGUAACAGGCUGUUGGGUAAUCCCUCACAUCAUCCAUAACGCCGGUUAUGUAACAACUCUUGCAAAUCCUAGUGUAAUAAAGACAAGUAAAAUGAAAUUUUGAACUAUAAAAAAGGGAACACAAUAGGAUCUGUGUUUUAAUCAGACUUUCUAGUAUUAAAACAUAAAAAAGAGAUGUCACGUUAUCCUUUGAUAUUGGCAUACCAUUAUUUCGAAAAAUGUACAUUAUUUAAACUAGAUGAAAUAUUGGACCGGAAUGAUGAUGUCAUUGAAAUGCACGUAUCUGUAUUUUAAGUUGUCUAAUGGUCUCUAGUAAGACAUUGUGUAAUAUAUUGAUACAACACUCGGACUAACAUCCUCGUACAAUAUCAAUAUUAUCUUAAUGUUUUGCUCUCGAUCGUUAAACCACACAUUAAUUAUGUUGGAUGAAAUGAAAUACUCAAUAUUUAUAUUAUUAUUAUGAUGUGAUACUGUUUGUAAAUAAGACAUAAUGGGUGAUAUAAUAUAUAAAUCAUAGAUAUAUUAAUAUAUCAGAUGUUAGUAACUUAUAGAUAUGUAUAUGGAUAAGGCCACAGUACUGUGUCCCGGUUACAA